GUACAACCUGCCAGUGAAUACAAGAAGUGCGCUUUACAUCCUGCACAUUGCUGACAUGUGAGUUGACAACAAAGGAAGUUGCACGACACAACUCAGUGUAGUCGUUGACGUGAUUGACAGACAAAGCGGGACAAAGAAGUGUCACAGCAGCAUUUGGAAGGAUCAUGUCCUCCAGAACUCACCGAUGCAAACAUGUCAGCUGGUGCGUGGACUCUCCACUUCCUGUAACUGCCACACCAGAUCCUCGCCCAAACAACGGGAUUGUGACCCGAGUUCACGUGUCACCACCACAAGCCUGUGGAAGAGCACCUGAUGAGGAGGAUUUGGAAAAGCAGUCCACGGACCAAUUUAGUUUCGAUCCACAAAAUGCUGGUCUUCGCCGGAGCAGCCCGGUCAUCUCCAGACGCUGCAGACACAUCUCCUGCGGGGGUGCCGCCCUGUCCGAGGACCCUUCCGGCCCCAUGGGAGGCACCUGCUCCAACCACAUGGGCCUCACAAAAAGGGGCUGUCCCUGUCUGAGAUUGGGCACCAGGUUGCACCUUGCUGUUGGCAGCAAGUUCCGAUUGGCUGAGAAGAAGCACAUGGGGCGGGGCAUGGGUCACUGCAGUGCCCAAUGGGAGAUGGAAAAGGAAAAUGCUCACCUGCUGAUGGUGGACUUGGUGCUGGAGAUGCUGGAAGUCCUCCAGUGGACUCUGACCAAAACAAAAAGGACGUCGCCAAGGCCCGGACAUCCAAGUAGCAAACGACGACAACACCACCAAGAUGAGGAGGAGACUGUGGACGACCACAAAUGCACACAAAUCUACUCUGAGGUCACACAGUUGGCAGGCAGUGAUGGUGAGGCUCACUCCUCGUGUUUCUCUCCACUCUGGAAAGCUGAGUGCCUUGCCCGACAGCUGAUACUGGACUUUGGGAGGAGGUGCUUUCCCUCCCAAUAGCCUCCACUGUGACGCAGGAGGGGUUUGAUGUCAUGGCUCAUUGCAAAAAUGGGAAGCAUACAAUUGUCCAAGACUAAGUGGUCCCAAAUUGAGGCCAUCAGUGAAUUUUCACAACUUUUUAUUUACCGCUUUCAGAAUCUGAAUCAGAAUCAUCUUUAUUUGCCAAGUAUGUCAAAAACACACAAGGAAUUUGUCUCCGGUAGUUGGAGCUGCUCUAGUACGACAACAGAAUCGUAGAACACUUUUGAGACAUAAAAACAGUCACUGAGCAAUAAAAGGUUACCAGUAAUGUGGUAAUGCCGGGACAAUUGUAUUUAUUUAUUUUAUUUUUACACUUGUGCAAAUUGAUGCCGAGUCAAAAAAUGUAUGCAGUUUAAAGUUACUAGUAGUGCGAUAAUCUGGGACAAUGUCAAUUGUGCAAAUGGUGCAGACGCUACUCAAGCACAUGAGGGCCCAGUAUUGUUCAACAAGAGAUAUAGUUGUUGUGCAGCAAGGCGAGACUGGAGUG